AUGACUAGUGGACCACAACCCGAGAGCCUAGAGCUUGUCGCGACGAUCAAAGCCAGCCAGAUCGCCUCUAAUUUAGAUCUCCUCGAAGUCACCAGCAAAACCAUCUCCACGCGUCUAUUAGUCCAGGCCGCCCUACGUCGCUAUUAUGAAGGAAAUACAUCCGCGAGUAAUUGGGCGAGUUCGAUCACGGACGUUCAAUCGGCCCUCGGGGGCAGAGGGUAUCUUGAUCUCUAUCAGGCAAUUCUCUUUGCCAGGAGCGGGGAGGUGACCCAGGAGAGGCUGCUCAGUGUGACCAGUGCCACUGUUCCAGAGAUAGUUCUUCCAUACACCCACACCAAUGGAAGUAAGGUACUCCUGGGAUCGGAUGAUGGGGGUUACCCUCCGUCGCUCUACCCCAACCUCACCUACACGAAAUCGGCCAGCGACAACUCAAUCACCGUCCAUGCCUUUCCCGACUAUCCCCUCGGAUUGACAUCUGCCUUGCUUCUUGGGCCACUGAGAGUCAACGACUCCUUCUCUUCUCGUCUCGUUGACGCUCCCCAUUAUCAACAAUACGUCGGACACCGACCUGCUUGGUUUUAUGACAGCGUUAUUACCUCUCGAGAUGGGCUUGGGAACACGGGCCAGAUUCUUCUGAUCGGCCCUUCCCGCGCGGAGAACACGUUUGCUUCCUCUGCCCAGCCUGCUACGGCCACCACGCCCCCCAAAGCCGCAGCGCUUGCUCAAGCGGAAGUCCAUUAUGUGUUCGAGCCCACACCUUUACCUGGACAAAGUGGUCGGCACCGUGGAAUCUCCACCGAUACGUCAUGGCCGCUUUCGAAGUAUAAAAUGGCUCUGAAGCUGAUGCUCGAGUCGUAUGAGAACGAGAACAAGUCCAUUAGUGAGCUUUCUACCACCAAUGAGGAGGGAUACAAUGUUGCCGUGGGUGCCGUUAGGCCUGCGAGCUCAUUGGUUCAAUGGAUUCUGAUCGUGGAAGAGACGCACAAUGAGGCGUUCAGCCCGGUGGCUCGACUCCGGAAAAUCAUUCUUGCUUGUGUUUUUGGAACAGCGGGACUGAUCAUUCUCAUGGUGCCUAUAUUGACGCAUUUCGCGGUGGCCCCGAUCCGCAGGCUACGUGCGGCAGCCCAAAAGUCAGUGAAACCGGAGAUCCCUGCACCGCUUUCUAAUCCCCAGCUCGAGAAACGAGAUUCUCAAACCACCGACGACGUCGGAGGGACUUUAGGUUCGAUGGAAGAACAGGUCAAUGAAAAGGGUCGGCCUGCCAUUUGGGCGAAGCGCCUUCGGGCUCCGCUUCAUAGACUAAACAGCUCAGCCAACGUUCGCGACGAGGGCAGUCCUCGCCUGUUCCAGAUUCCGGGAAGAGUCAAAGAACGCAAUCAUUGUGUGACAGACGAGCUGACGGAACUGACAAAGACAUUCAAUGAAAUGUCGGAUGAACUGACGAUUCAAUACACCCGUUUGGAGGAACGGGUCGCCGAACGAACUCGAGAGCUGGAGAAAGCAAAAUUGGCCGCAGAAACUGCCAACGAAAGCAAAACUUUGUUCAUUGCCAACAUUUCUCAUGAGCUCAAGACACCCUUGAAUGGAAUCCUCGGAAUGUGUGCUGUGUGCAUGGGAGAGGAUGACCUCUCUCGCAUAAAGAAAUCGCUUCAAGUUGUCUACCAAUCCGGAGAUCUACUUCUCCAUCUGCUCAAUGAUCUGUUGACAUUCAGUAAGAAUCAAAUUGAGCAAGCCAUUCAGCUGGAGGAGAAAGAGUUCAAACUCUCCGAUAUCCGCUCUCAGAUUGCGAUCAUUUUCCAAAACCAGGUCCAUGAGAAACAAAUCGACUUCAGUGUCACCUGUAUGUCCGUCGACAACUCGCAGCACGCCCAUGUCAAUUUGUGCCUCGAUGAAGGUGCCGAAGGGACAACUUCAGCCUCUCACCCCGAAGCCGGGAAUCUCAUGAACAUGGUCCUCUGGGGAGAUCAGCACCGAAUUCUUCAGGUGCUGAUCAACCUGGUCAGCAACAGUCUCAAGUUUACGCCCGAAAACGGCAGGGUCCAGGUUCGUAUUCGAUGUGUCGAAGAUGAAACUGGCUCCACAGCCCCCAUAGCCGCAAGGCGAACAUCGCGCUUGCCAGCGCUUAACCGACCAAACACCCAGAGCUCUACAGAAACCACUGCGGAGCCCAGGCAAAGCUUAUCAGAUGGAAGACAGCUCAUGUUCUAUUUCGAGGUGGAAGACAACGGGCCUGGUAUACCUGCGCACUUGCAUCGGCGUAUCUUUGACCCGUUCGUGCAAGGAGACUUAGGAUUGAAUCGCAAAUAUGGCGGCACUGGCCUGGGUCUGAGUAUCUGCGCUUAA